AUGGCACCCUGGCCCCGCGCACUCGAGGUCCCUGAUGGAUCGCAACUGCCACCUGUGGCCGCAUCUGAGAUUCUCAGUGUCCACCUGGCCGCUGCCUAUGACCGCAUUCCCGACGGCCUGCCCGAGCACCAAUGGACGAUUAUUCAGUCGACAUCGUUAGCUGCUGCCGCCCUGAGCGUCGCAGCUGUCAGUAUCGCCUUUUACUGGUUUUCUCGAAUGAGGCGGAGCUUCAGACAUGACCUCAUAAUGCUACUGAUGUCGAGCGACAUGCUCAAAUCGCUCUGGUUCAUCAUUUUUCCUAUUGCUGAUUUUAAGAACGGCCCCAUCCCUUCCGAAUCGUCUUUUUGCCAAGCAAGCGGGUUCUUCCUUUCUGUCGGCAUAGAGGCGUCCGAUAUUGCCGUUGUUCUCAUCGCCUUACACACAGCAAUCUACAUUUUCCGACCGCGCGACUCGGGGCGUCAGAAUGGGUUAUAUCCCCAUCGCCGGACUGCCUUUGGCGUCUUCAUCUUCGUUCCCCUCCUGAUGGCCUCGCUGGCCUUUAUCAACUGGCCUGGCUAUGCCAACAAUGGCGAAUAUUGCUAUCUGCCUGUUAGACCUGAGUGGACCCGACUCGCCCUCAGCUGGGUUCCUCGAUAUAUGAUCCUUCUCACCAUUGUGGCACUUUAUGCCUAUAUUUACAUUUACGUCAGUCUACGAAUUCGGCGUUUUGGCCGCCUUAGCGCAAUGAGACGGGCGAGUGCGACACAGAUGCCAGAUGACGGAGGACGCUGGGCCCACAUUCCCUCCGUGCCCCCUACUCCGAGCUCACGGCGUGGCUCAGAAACCUCAACAGAAGAUCCGGAGCGGCAGCGGACUUCCUCGACCGCCACCACGGUGACUCCUGACAUUGAACUCAUCCAUAGUCGCCAGAAGAUUCAAUGGAACUGGCCAGCUUACGGUAACGAGGACGGGCUUAUUCCUGAGCAAGAUGAGAGUGCGGAACGCCCUAGUAUGGACCCCAGCACCAGCCCAAUGUCUCCCACCUUUGCACCUAUUUCGCCACCUCCUCAUAGUUACGUGCGACGUGACACGAUUGACCUGAGCUCGUCUUAUCACUACCAAACUCACCCGCACCGGGCCAGCUUCAACACCUUCUGGCACCCACAGAACAGCGCGGCGACCGCCCGCGCCAAAUCUCUAGCCAAUAUUUGGUCCAUCCUUCGCCGUGGUACCUCACUGGAGUCGGGCACCGACCACAACGGCACACCUUUCCUAUUUCAUCCGGCAAUGGACGGCACCGGCAUGACCAAGACGCGCGACAAGAUCCGUCGCCAGCUCCGCCUGCUCUUUGUGUACCCCAUUGUAUACAUACUGAUCUGGGCCGUUCCCUUCGUGGCCCAUGUCAUGCGCUGGGACAACCCAGACGAAACCGGCCCUUUUGCGGUUGUGUUAUUAUCACUAGUGAGCCUGUCAAUACAAGGCCUAGUCAACGCUUGUUUGUUUUGUGCAGUAGAAAAGCCCUGGAUUGACAGGAGGGCUAAAUAUAAGAGAACGCCGUCUAAGCUACGGCGAGACAAGGAUGAAGCCCGGCAACGGGUGGGUCAGCGGGCAUCAUUAGCAUAG